GUCCUCAACAUAAAAACAAACAGGGAGUGUGCGGCAGAGGAGUGUCUCGUUUAUGGAGGAUCAAAGCGGAGAAGGUGAAGGAGAAGAAGAAGAACAACAACAACCUUCACUCUUCUAUUAUUAUUAUUAUUAUUAUUAUUCAAUUUAAUCAUUUAAUAAUAAUAAUAAUAAUUUUGUUCACCAAUUAUUAUUAUUCUACAUCAGCAUGGGUAAGGGUCCCUUUUCCUUCCGCCGCUCCGCCUCUCGCCGCCGACCCAAGAAGACCGCCGCCCCGCCUCCUCCUCCGUCUCCGCCGCAGCCUCCCUACGCGGCCGGAAUCGCCACCUCACCCGACGACAACAACAACCGUCUCAUUGCUGCCGGCGCCGGCAGCAGCGCCUUGACGAAGGCGAAGAAGAAGACCGGCGGCGCCCGCUUGUGGAUGAGGUUUGACCGGUCGGGCCGGUCAGAACUGGUGGAGUUGGAGAAGAACGCCAUCAUCCGCCACGCAGCGAUUCCCGCUAGAGACCUGAGAAUCUUGGGCCCCGUCUUCUCCCACUCCUCCAACAUCCUCGCUAGAGAGAAAGCAAUGGUGGUUAAUUUGGAGUUUAUAAAGGCAAUCGUGACUGCUGAAGAAGUGUUAUUGCUUGAUCCUCUUCGGCAGGAGGUUCUUCCCUUUGUUGAGCAACUCAGGCAACAGCUUCCUGGGAAAAGUCAACCUAAACUUCUCGGCGGCGUGGAGGAACAGGAAGGCGAAAUGCAGGUCUCUAAUGGCAGGCAAUGGUUGCCUAUGCCGGAGGCGGCUGAUGGUUUGCAGUCAGAGCUUCCGUUUGAGUUUCAAGUUCUGGAGAUUGCUUUGGAGGCUGUGUGUACUUAUCUGGACUCGAAUGUGGCGGACCUUGAGCGAGGUGCUUACCCUGUGUUGGAUGAAUUGGCUCGGAAUGUUAGCACCAAGAAUCUUGAACAUGUGAGGAGUUUGAAGAGUAAUCUUACGCGGUUGCUGGCAAGAGUGCAGAAGGUGCGAGAUGAAAUUGAACAUCUGUUAGAUGACAACGAAGAUAUGGCACAACUAUAUUUGACGAGGAAGUGGUUACAGAAUCAACAAUUUGAGGAGGCUCAUUUGGGUGCCACAACCUCAAAUAACUUUCCUAAUACCUCACGUUCUGUUCGUCGACUUGGUUCUAACAGAAGUGAAAGUCUUGUGACCUGCCAUUAUGAGGAUGAUAACAAUGUGGAGGACUUGGAGAUGUUGCUUGAUGCAUAUUUCAUGCAGUUGGAUGGAACUCGUAACAAAAUAUUAUCUGUUAGGGAGUAUAUUGACGACACUGAAGACUAUGUCAACAUUCAACUUGAUAACCACCGAAAUGAACUUAUUCAGCUGCAGUUGACGUUGACUAUUGCAUCAUUUGCUAUUGCUAUUGAAACUAUGAUUGCUGGUGCAUUUGGUAUGAACAUUCCUUGUAACUUGUAUCACAUUGAUGGAGUAUUUUGGCCCUUCGUUUGGAUCACGUCUGCAGCUUGCGUAUUGCUUUUCUUGCUUAUUUUAGCAUAUGCAAGAUGGAAGAAGUUGCUGGGAUCAUAAGGCAAGGCUGUUGUGACAAUUGGCAAUUUGAAUCUCCGCCGCGAGUGAUCUGAAGAACAGACACAAACGUGUCACCGGAGAAUAAUUGUAAUAGUUGAUGUAUAAGAUGUUCCAACAUUGCUUUUAGCAUCAUGUGUUUUAUAGCCGAUAUUAUUCACACCAUCAUUUUUAAUUUACCAACUUUAUGGUGUCGCGUGCAUGCGUGUGUGUUGGCCAUUUUGUUCUGGGUCCGUGUGUAUUUCGGCUUGUUCAAUUUAUAUGAGCAUGACAAAUGAAAUUGCAUAAGGAAAAAUGACACUGUGGGGGCUUGAUUUAUAUGAAUAGCCAACCACAUUGUACAAGAGGGUUCACUUUGUAAGCAGACAAAUCGACAACUAUCAAGAAAAUUGGGAUCUUCUCAAUUCUAAUGA